ACACACUCCAUCGAUUCGUCGCGUACGCAUACAGUAGCCAGUAAGGGGUAUGCAAAGGUAAAGAUAAAAAUAUAACACUUGUCCGCAUUUAUUCUUAAACGUUUCACUUUCGAUUUAUGUUUUCUGGAAACAAUGCGCGCAUUUUUGGAAACAUUGAGCUCAGUCUCUUAAUCAAACGACUGAAUCGAUACUGUAGCUCAAAGGUGAUCAGUCUUUAUCCAGGGAAGUACGGUGUGGAUUAACAUAAUGUGUUCUGUGAUCAGUCUAAGUACGCUGCUGAAUGCGAUUGUUCUGUGUCUAACAAUUGUUGCCCAAUCAGAUGCCGCAUGUCCUCCGGGAAAGCACCAGUUUACGAAUUGUACAAACCCUUGUCUGGCUGGAGAGGAUACGGUAUUAUGUGAGUCUGACCGCACCGCCAGUUGUCGGCCAGAUUACUGCGGAGGCUGUAUCGCAAGAUUUCUCAACGGUGUUGGUCAAGAAGUGCAUUGUGAGACGGAAUACGGUUUCAUAUGUGAACUAAAGAGUCACACAGUCGGUUGUCUAGACAAGCCGGGAACAGUCCUCCAUGUUUCCUACGCUAACUACGGUCGGACGUCCAAAAAAGUGUGUGUCCACCCUUUUGGUCUGGAGCGUCUCCACAACACAACCACAUGUGGCUCCCCCCGAGCUCUGGGUGUACUUAGACGGCAGUGUGAAGGCCGGACACAGUGUACUCUCACAGCUGAUAAUGACCUGUUCGGAGAGGAUCCUUGCUUCGGCAUCUACAAGUACUUGGAGGUGGAGGUCGAAUGCGUCCUUCCAAAGGGAACAUCCAAGGCAGCACAAUCAUCAACGUCAUAUGGCUUUCUGAUGAUGACGUCAUUCCUUCUAGUCCUUGUCAGGAUCAACUUGGACUAUACAACAGACAUAUUACUGAUGCUCGUGGAUAUGACUCUAGCUUGAUCGAAAAAGGAACUGAUCGAAAGUUUUAUCAACGCUUUGUGUUAACUAGUUGAGUACAGUUCCGUGCUAGCUAUCGCGUCAUCGAUAUCAUAUUUUCUUAAUGGUGUAUAUACCUACAAGUUAAGUUAAGAUUUUAAUCGGUAUCAUAUGUAAAUUAUUUUAGUUUACUCUUUUAGUAUAAUUGCCUUUUGUUCGGCAGAUCCAUGUGUAGGAAACUGUUUUGGAAGCAUAAAAAUGCGCGAAAUUGCGUGACCUCAGAUGAUUUCAGUGAAUGGAGAAAAUGACGGAGAAAAUGACAAUGAUCUGGCGUCAAUAAAGAUGUGGAAGACUUU